UCAAAACUAGAAUGUUCAAUUCAACAAAUUACAUCGUUUUUAUGCACUGAAAAGUCUAUAGUAGAGAUCGUAGUGCGUAGCGAUUCAACCAGGGCCAAUUUUAGGCACAAAUUGCAGAUUUGCGAAGAAAACAACACAACUGAAGAAGAUGCGAGGAACCGGAUCCAAGCGUCAUCAACCAUCUUUAACCACCGCCAUAUUCAACUUCUUUCGUGCGGCUGAAUUUGAGAUUCUUUUCUUCCUCUUCUUCUUCAUCGCCUUCUUGCUUUUCAAAGAUCUCACAUCAAGACCUGAAUACAAUCAGAUUCUGGUGAAGAAGCCUGAACAUGAUUUCUGGCCUUUUUAGGAGAUCAUGAAGUUGUUUACAUUUGUAUGAAUUUUUAAUUUCACUGAUUAGUUAAUAGUUAUCUGUCAUUUUUACGAUGAUUACUUGCUGAUUUGUUAUAGAUUUUUCUAAAAACUGUAUCAAAAUGUAUUGGUGUUGCUUAGGUAGUCUUGGUCCUUGUUUGGAUCGAAGAAAAAAUAACAGAAAGAGAAGGGAAAUGAUUUAGAGGGAUGAAAAUCCUUUUGUUUUGAUAGCAAAAAGGAGGGCCGGGGGUUUGGAGGUGAGAGAUUUGGAGGAAAAAUAUUUAUAUCUUGUUAACAUUAAAAUUUUUUUAAAGAUUUGAAAGGGAAAUAAAAUUUUCUUUUUUCUCCUCUCCAUUCUUCCUGAACAAAUAAGGGAGUUUUUGCCCUCCUUUUCUUCCUCACCUUUCCUUCUUCUUUCUUUCCUUUAUUUUAUUUUUUGAUUUGCUAUUCAAAUAUAGUAUCAGUGUGGUCUCAAUCGUCUCAUAACACUCAUGUCUCAUAGUCAUUCUAAGAGUUCUAAUUAUGUUAUACAAUCUGAUAAAAAGACUGUAAAAUUUCAGAUGAUAUUAACAUAAAAAUUUGUCAUAUAGAAUAUAACGCGUUAUGUAAAUAAAAAGUAUAUUAAAUUCAAAUGGCACUUAAAGCAACUUAGGUAGGGUAUAAUUUUGACUUGCAUACUUUUUAUGGGGAUGUGGUUGCAUGCAUAAACAAAAUAUCUUUUUGUGUGACCCAGAAGUCAAAUGAUCGGACUUGAUUGUAUCAUUAAAUGUCAUUUGUGUGCUCAAAUCAAAAAUGAUUUUACCUUUCACAACUUCAUUUUGAUAAUUUGUUUAAACAAAUACUCUUAGGUCUAUGAUUUUGCCAACUUGUUUUGGGUUGUUUUUAUGGGAAAUUGUAUUGUUGUAAAUGGAGAAUUAAGGCUAAACAAACAAAAUCCUAAAUUGACAAAAAUCAAUGAUAAAACACUUGUUUAAUUGAAAAAAUAAUUACCACAAAUCAGAAUUUUAAAUUUUAAUGUAAGAAAAUUUUAAAACAAUGUAAUCAAUCCACACUAAAUUUUAUUGAAGUUUACACAAAUGUGAGUUGCUUUUUUCUUAGGUGUAAUUGUGUUUAUUAUUAAGGGAAAUUCCAUAUGGUAGCAUCGAACUUUUAUGAAAUGCGAGUGGUAGCAUUUUUGUAAGAUUUUUCUACAUGGUAGCAUUCAAUUUAUGCACUAUCUAAUUGUCUUCUUGGCAAUUUUCGUCUGAUUCAUCAUUUUGACGUUUAUACUCUUAUUAAGUGUUGGUUGUUGUCUUUAUAAUUUGCCCUAAACUAUUAUUAUGCUCUCAAAUGUUUAAUUCACCAUUUUGACGUUUAAUUUAUCAACGCUCUCAAAUGUUUUAUUCACCAUUUUAACGUUUAAUUCAUCAACGCUUUUAAAUGUUGUA